AUGUUCUUCCAACCUAUACCAGCUAAAGAUAAAAUUACUUUUACGAACAGAUUAGGUAAGAAGGAAACUAGCACUAAAAUCCGGUUCAGAAAUGGUUUCUGUUAUGAUGUUUUAACAUCGGUCGAUAUUCAAGAAAAAGUUAAAGCAGGUGGUAAAAUACUCAAGAUAUUAGAUGGGAUAGUAUAUGAAGAAAAUUUUAAAACUCCACCAUACAGAGAAUUCAUUUUAAUUUUGAGAGAACUUAGAAAUAGAUAUAAAGGAGAAGGUAAUAUUGUGGGUAGUAAUUGUAUGAAAAUAUUAGGUAAUUCCUUGUAUGGUAAAUCUAUUCAGAAGGAUAUAACUACAUCGAGACAUCUAUGGAGUGAAGCAACAUUUAAAACCAACUUCGAUUCACAUGUCAAAAACUAUGAAAAAUUAAAUAAGACUCAAUACAUAGUUGAGAUAGAAGAAGAAGAAAAAGAAAUACCUGAAACUUAA